CUACUAAAGUUGAAGAAGAAGAAAGCUACUGAUGGGUACAAAAGGAGAUAGAUACUGUUGGGAAUUGAGUUUGAGAUCCUCUCUCUCCUCCUACUCUUAGAUCUAGGACACAGAUUCUCUCCGCCCUCCUCUCUGUCUCGCUCGCUCUCCCCUUCUCUCUAUAUACACACACAUACACAUAGUCGAGAUCGAUAGAUUAAUCAUGGAUGCUGCGCAGCCACAAGCGACCGAUCUUAUCAUCUCUACCCCGAUUGAAGAGAAACCUGUCGAACCAGAUAAAAUGAAGGAACAGGAUGCUGCCAUAGGUCAUUCAAGGGACAAUGCUGGUCAAGUGGGAUCUUUGGGUUCAGGUGGUGAUCGCGCUGUCUAUGCACCUAAUAUAUAUGCUCCUCAGGCCCAGGGCAUCUACUUUAAAGGUUACGAAAAUGCCCCUGGUGAGUGGGACGAGUACCCUCCAUAUGUUAAUGCUGAAGGAUUCGAUAUUGGAUCUCCUGGCAUCUACAGCGAUAACCCCUCUCUCGUGUUUCAUACUGGUUAUGGCUACAGUCCACAAGUGCCAUAUGGACCAUAUUCCCCCGUCACAACACCUUUGCCUUCUGUCAGGGGUGAUGCUCAAUUAUAUUCCCCUCAGCAGUACACAUACUCAGGACCACCAUAUUAUCAACAGCUAGUUCCUCCUAACAUGCAAUAUAUUAGUUCACCAACUCCAGUUUCACAACCACAGCUGAACUCGUUAAUGAAUGUUGACCAACAAGUUGACGGGAUGCUUCUCGGGCAGAGACCUGGUUAUUCCUCUUCGCUGGGGUCUUUUGGUGGAAAUUUUUCUGGAAAUCCUGGAAACCUUGGUUUUCAUGAUAUGCAUCAAGGGUUUGACGCCUUCAGAUCUGGUGGACUUUGGUCUGAUUGGCCAAAACCUUCAGACAGACAGAGGUCUCUUACUCCAUUACCACCUGCAGUCUCUCCACAAAUGAUUGGCACUCUCGGGUCGUUUGGGCAAAAUGUUGGAAUGGCUUCUCCGCAACCAAGAUCAUUCUACGGGUUUGGAUCUGGUUCAAACUCUUAUAGCAGAGGGCACCUGCACGGUGGUUUUAAUCAGGGUUCUAGCUUUGGAAGUGAAUCCAUUUCCAGUUUGGGAACAAACACUAGGGGCUGGCUUUCUCUUGAUAAUGGUAGACGUGGAAAGAGCAAUGGUUCUCUAUGCAAUUGUAGCGGCACAAUUGAUAUUCUCAGUGAGCAAAACCGUGGGCCAAGGGCCUCGAAACCAAAGAGCCUGAUUGCAAAUGAAAAUAGUCUUGCCAGUGAUGGUAACAAGCAGAGCUUGUCGACUGCCAAGACACAUGAUGGGUCCUACAACCACCCCGAUUUUGUCACAGAAUACGAGGAUGCCAAGUUCUUCAUCAUCAAAUCUUAUAGUGAAGAUAAUGUUCACAAGAGUAUCAAAUAUGGUGUCUGGGCCAGUACUCCAAAUGGAAACAGAAAAUUAGAUGCUGCUUAUGGUGAAGCGAAGGAGAAGCAAAGCACCUGCCCCAUUUUUCUCUUGUUUUCGGUGAAUGCUAGUGCUCAAUUCUGUGGAGUGGCUGAAAUGGUUGGACCUGUAGAUUUUGACAAAAGUGUGGACUACUGGCAGCAAGAUAAAUGGAGUGGACAGUUUCCGGUCAAGUGGCAUAUUGUCAAAGAUGUUCCCAACAGUCAUUUUCGUCACAUUGUGCUUGAAAAUAAUGAUAACAAGCCCGUAACCAACAGCCGAGACACUCAGGAGGUGAAAUUGGAACAAGGUAUUGAAAUGUUGAAGAUUUUCAAGAACUAUGAAACUGAUACGUCCAUCCUUGAUGACUUUGCUUUUUACGAUGACCGGCAAAAGGCCAUACAAGAAAGGAAGGCCAGGCAGCAGGCAAGCCUGGUGGGUGUUGGGGGAAAUGAACAUGGAAAUGUUGUUACAUUAUCUAACGAUUUCAUCAAGAAGAUGUCCAAGAGUUUUGCACAGGUCGUCCAGUUGGAGGAGUGUGGUAAAGAAGCCUCUGUAACUGUCAGAGCUGGUUCUGCCCCGGAUGGCUCCGUGAGCACCAGAGUUGAACUGGAUCAUGCUGUAAACAGCAGUGGCGUCAACAGCUCAGACUAGCUAGUCGAGUCAGUUGUAUCAAAUGCAGGCUAUCUCAGGCGGCUCGUUAUGUAUUUGACACACAACCUUUAGUUAUUCACUUCUUCAUUUUCAGUUUUAGAUUAAUGUGUGAGGUGGGUGUGAUAAGUCUCAGAAUUUAUUAGAGGGCAUUGGUGUCUCCUAGAAAGCUCUUGCAAGUGUUAACGGGCUGAAGAAGGGCUUCAUGUAAAUUAGGUGGCCGCUGAGUGCAGCUUUAAGAUUGUAAUUCUUACUCCCUCCCUUUUUUCUCUCUUUUUUCCUUUUCAUAUAUUUGUCCUUUGUUUUUGCUUUGUUUAUUGGGUGAGAGUAGUUAUGUGAAAACACUUUGAAGUUUUGAGCUUGUAAAGUUACUCAUCUUGGCAGGCAGUUCAAUAAUGGAGUGAAGCAAAAGACAUUAAUGGAAUAAUUGUUUUGUCAAUUAUGUUGGAUUGAUAGUUUUUGUAGCA